AUGCGCUCUCCAGCAUUUCCCCCACGCAGGCCCUCCGCUAUCGUGCGAUACCUCGUACCCGCCAUAAUAAUCAUCACACUCUUCUACUACUUCAGCGGGGCCCAGCAACAACAACAACCUCCCACAACAUGGGUAUCACCGCCCAAUUCGAACCCACAACAAGCUCCCGGCCAGCCUGGCCGCGAGAGCCCUGCCGGCAAAUCCGGCGACCAGUCUUCCGAUCCCAGCUUGAAGCUGCAGCAUGAGGCCAAUCGGCCCAGGCCCCAGGCUCCCCAGGAACCGAUCGUAGAUACAAAACCGAAAGAGGAGGAGACGCUGCAGAUGGACCAGAGCGAGAAGCCGGCCUCAGGAAGCGGCAGCGACAGUAGCAGCAACUACGAGUCACAAACGUCGGAUAAGGGCACCCACCCCAUCGACCGGCUCAUCGAUCUCGCCAACAAGCAGUUCGCCGACCAGAUAACUGAAGAAUCGCACACCCUCUCCGAGGCCGCGGCCGCCUACCGAAAGCGCCGCGGCCGACACCCCCCACCCGGCUUCGAUCAAUGGUAUGCCUUCGCGAAAGAACGAAAUGCCGUCAUGGUUGAGGCCUUCUGGGAUCAGAUCUACCAUGAUCUCGAGCCUUUCUGGGCACUUCCCGCACUGGAGAUCCGUAAAGGCGCCUGGGACUACGAGAUGACCAUCAACAUUAGAGAUGGGAGCGCAACAGCCAAGAGCGACUGGUUCUGGACUCAGAUCUGGUUGAACCUCAUCAAGACGAUCGAGCACCUGCUGCCGGACAUGGACAUCGCACUUAACGCAAUGGAUGAGCCUCGGAUGAUCGUGCCCUGGGAAGACAUCAACAUGUACAUGAACAAGGCAAGCGCUUCCAGGAGUAUGGUGCCGGCUAAGGAUGCCAUCAACGAAUUUGAGCACCUUCAGCCUCCCGGUGAAGGGCCUGAUCGCGUUAUCGAGCUACCUGAGAAGAAUUGGGAAGGAACGAAACCCUACUGGAACGUGGUCCAGCGUGGUUGCGCCCCCGACAGCGCCGCCCGCAAAGCAGAGGUGAUGUCCGACUUCAACCACGCACCAGCCUUCAAUCCUACUUUCGCAGAGCCUCACACCUACAAGGGCUAUGUUUCGAACUACACUAUGUCCACCCAAGUUUGCCACCAGCCCGACCUUCAAGGCCUCAACGGCAUUUUUAUCGAGCCUCUGACCGUAUCCGCCACCAAGACACUAUUCCCCAUGUUUGGAGGUUCCAAGCUGGCCGUGAACAACGAGAUCCUCCUUCCGGCGCCCAUGUACUGGAAUGAAGAAGAGAGGUUUACCGGUGGUAACCAACACGGUGUGGACUGGCCACAAAAGACAGAUGGAGUGAUCUGGCGAGGCGUUGCGACAGGCGGUCGUAACCGGGAGACAAACUGGCGCGCGUUUCAACGACACCGCUUCGUGGCCAUGAACAAUGGCACCAAGAUAAGCAGAGCCGAGGACUGGACGGAGCUCCCGCUCAAUUUUGAGCUUCCUUCUGCAACAUAUGGUCUCAACUCACAGAAAACAACGACACCCGGGUCCGCACGAACGAAGCUUGGUCCGUGGGUGGACAGUUGGGCGGAUGUGGCAUUCGUGGACCUGAUGUGCGCCGAGGAAGAAGAAGGAGGCCAGUGUUACUACACUUCGCCAUAUUUUGAGGUGCAGCUGGGUGUGACCCUGGCCGAGCAGUUCAACUGGAAAUACCUUCCCGACAUUGACGGCAACUCGUUCAGUGGCCGAUACCUCGGUUUCCUCCGUUCGACUAGUCUCCCGAUCAAGGCGACAGUGUGGCGAGAGUGGCACGACAGCCGGUUGAUAGCCUGGAAGCACUUUGUGCCCAUGGACAACCGAUUCUCAGACUGGUUCGGCAUCAUGGAGUACUUCCUCGGAUACCAAGAUGGCGACAAGAAGGUCAAGGGCCACGACGAGCAGGCCGCCAAGAUUGCCGCCGCGGGCAAGGAGUGGGCCGAGCGCGUGCUGCGGAAGGAGGACAUGCAGAUCUAUGUCUUGCGGCUGUUGCUGGAAUAUGCACGAGUCAGCGAUGAGAGACGGGAGAAGAUGGGCUGGGUUGGGGACCUUGUCGAUACCUCCAAAGCUGACAGCUGA